CUAUAACCCCAAAAUAUACUCUUCUCACCUUUUUUUAUCCUUUCUUCAACUUUGAUUUAUACUUUGUACUUCUUUAAGCUUUAAAUCUACCACUGCUAAUAUUACUUCAACCACACAUAGUACAAAAUGUUCGACUACAGCAGCCAUUCACAUCGUCGAUAUAAUCCACUGACGCGAUCCUGGGUCCUAUGCUCGCCACAUCGCAAUAAACGACCGUGGCAAGGUCAGAAAGAAAAAGUCAACCAGGAAGAACGACCUCGGUAUGAUCCACAAUGUUACCUAUGUCCCGGAAACAAACGCGCACACGGUGACGUAAACCCACAAUAUACAUCAACAUUUUGCUUCACGAAUGACUUUGCAGCGGUACAAGGCGAUCAGCCGCCUUCACCGAGUUCCAGCGAACAGGACGAUCUGCUGCGUACCGAGGGCGUACGAGGCGAGUGCCACGUGAUUUGCUUCUCGCCGCGACACGAUUUGACGAUGGCAGAAAUGACCACAGACGAUAUCAUCAAGGUCAUCUAUCAGUGGAUCCAAAGUUAUCGCGACAUGUCUACAAAGGAGUUUAUCCGCUACGUCCAAAUCUUUGAAAACAAAGGUCAGGCCAUGGGCUGCUCCAACCCACACCCGCAUGGACAGCUAUGGUGCUUGGAGCGCAUACCGGUGGAGCCACAGCGUGAGUUUGACUCGUUACUGGCGUACCGUGAAACCCACAACGGCCACUGUCUACUCUGCGACUACAUCAAACGAGAGCUAAAGGAACAAACGCGCAUCGUUGUCGAGAAUGACACGUUCGUUUGCCUCGUUCCCUUCUGGGCUGUUUGGCCUUUUGAAGUACUGUUGCUCCCAAAAGCUCAUGCCACCUGCCUGCCCAAAUUGACGUCAGAACAAAUUGACGAUUUAGCAGAUCUGUUGCGAAGGAUCACAUGUCGCUAUGACAAUCUGUUCCAAUGCCCAUUCCCGUACUCGAUGGGUAUUCAUCAAGCACCUGUCCAAGAAAACAAUGAUUAUGCGCACAUGCAUUUCCACUUUUAUCCGCCGCUUUUACGUAGUGCCACAGUUCGUAAAUUCCUUGUUGGAUUCGAAAUGCUUGGAGAACCACAGCGUGAUAUUACACCGGAACAAGCUGCUGAACAAUUACGAGGGUGUUCAGAAGUACAUUAUAAACAUCAGCAACAACAACAAUAACUAAUAAAUGAUAAAUAGAAAUCGAUUACAUGUUUCAAUGAAAUACAUAAUGAUCGUACGCUGCAGUUGUACCCGGAUUAUGUGCUUUAUCACACUUGCUGAAAGAGCUAGAUCAAGUGGUACAUUCAGUAUCCAUGACUUGUCACUGUAUCUGCUAUUAAAAGAGUAGAAAGAAGCGCCUCUAUUACUGUCAUCAACUACGAUCACUAGAAUAUGUCCAAGCACUUAUUAUCAGCAUGAUAUUAUUCACUUAACAGCUUUCAAUGCUACUAUGCAGUCAUGUAGUCGAAGAAGACAAAAAGAGAAAGAGAAAAAUUUCCGCACCAGAAAGAAAA